CCAAUAUGGACAGUAAUCAUACCUUGGAUUGACUUUAGUAAACUUCCCAUGAAAGUUUCUUCCCAGUAGCAGAUGUUUAAAAAAUUGCCUUUAAACACGAAAAUCAGUGAUCAGUUUAGGGGCAAAUAAGUGGAGAACACUAGCAAUGGAUCGGACGCAUAAUAGUGAUGAAACCAUAUAUGUUGCAGUGGGGAAAACAGUAGAAGAAAGCAAGCACAUUUUAUCAUGGGCGUUGAACAAUCUUUGCCCCGCAAAAAUUCGCGUUCUUCAUGUUCAUCAGCCUGCCAGCUUCAUCAACUUGAGCCUCAACAUGAGUCGUACGAGUUUUUCAAGCAGGCUUCAACCACAGGAAUAUGGGAAUAAAAUUUUAGAUAGGGUCAUGGAUGAUUACCUUCUUAUAUGUGAACAAAGAAGUGUGCAUGCGACAAAGCUAAAUAUUGAGAUGGAUAAUGCUGCAAAGGGGAUUGUUGAGCUAAUCCGUGAUUACAACAUCAAGAAACUUGUCAUGGGAGCUGCAGCUAACAAGCAUUUUUCAGAGGGAAUGACUGAUCUAAAGUCUGAAAAGGCUCAGUACGUGGAUCUAAACGCUCCAACUUCCUGCAAAAUUUGGUUUAUUUGCGCGGGGCAACUCGUACGCACAAGGUCGCUUGUUGAAACUGGAAAAUCACACCUGAGUGACCCUUCUUCCAGUUCUAGUUAUUCGACAUUCUCAGGCAAAGUGACUAGCAAUUCGGAUCUAUCUGCGUCUGAGACACCGGGCGAUAGUCCGGACUGGCUUGAGUUCCAUGAAGGAAGCAGUGAUGAUGAUAAACACUUUGAUAAGCUUGAACAAGCUCUAGUAGUGAUUGCUGAAAAUUCAAAUCAAGAGGCAUUGGACGAGUUGGAUAGGCGUAUGAAAGCUGAUAAGGAUGCUCUUAAAGCUGUAAUACGCCAAGUGAGUGAAAUGAAAAGCUCAUAUGUUAGAGAGUUGAUACGCCGGAAGGAAACCAAAGCAACACUUCGGAAGCAGAACGAGGAUCUUGAACAGAUCAAGCAGCAGAGAGAUGAAGCACGCAACAUUGCCAGAACUCAAAAGUUAUUAUUAGAUAAUCAAGGUGCCAACUCUGAUCGUGUUGAAGUAUUGGAAGCUAAGGUUUCAUCAGCAGUGGACCAGUUAAAAGUUUGCGAGAGAGAACGAGAUGCGUUGCAGAUAAAGCUUGAAAACGCUUGCAAGCUAAUUGAAGAUCACUUUAUGAAACAGGAAGAAGACACUUCCAAUGUUCAUAUGCAGCAAUUCUUCUCAGAGUUUUCCGUUGCCGAAAUUCAUGGUGCAACUGAGGAUUUUGACCCUUCCUUUAAGAUUGCAGAAGGAGCAUAUGGGAGCAUUUAUAAAUGUACCCUUCGUCACACCGAAGUGGCUAUAAAAGUGCUCCAUCGAAAUAGCUUACAAGGGCCAUUGGAAUUUCAGCAGGAGGUUGAUAUUUUGAGUAAGCUGAGGCAUCCAAACCUGGUCACACUAAUUGGUGUAUGCCCGGAAAUAUGGGCUUUGAUCUAUGAAUAUCUUCCUAAUGGAAGCCUUGAAGAUCGUUUGAGCCGCAAGGAUAAUACUCCCCCAUUGUCAUGGCAAACUCGGAUACAUAUUGCCACUGAGAUAUGUGCUGCGCUUGUCUUCCUACAUUCCAGUAAGCCUCAAAGGUUAGUUCAUGGAAACUUAAAACCUGGGAAUAUACUCCUUGAUACCAACUUUGGCUGCAAACUUAGCGACUUUGGAGUAUGCCGUGCACUUUCUUCUCUUGAGAAUUCAAGUGAUACGACCAAUAUAAGCCGCAGAUUUCCUUACCUGGAUCCUCAGUUUUGCUCCACAAGAACAUUGACUCCUAGUUCUGAUAGAUACCCGUUUGGCCUUAUAUUACUACAGUUGAUUACUGGGAAACCACCCGUGCUUUUAGCAGAGAAAGUACAAUCUGCAAUAAAUGGACAAUAUCUUAUUGACUUAUUGGAUCCUUCUGCUGGAGGCUGGCCUUAUGUACAAGCUGAGCAGUUGACUCGCUGGGCUUUGGGAUGUUGUGAUCCUAACCAAAGUCGUCGACCGGACCUUGAAGACUUUUACAAGAUACUUGAGCAGAUUAGAAAUGAUAUUGGACCCUUAACAACAUUCCAUGCGGGGUCUAAUGAGCAUAACCAGCCUCCUCAUUACUUCAUUUGCCCCAUUUCACAGGAGGUGAUGGCUGAACCAUACGUAGCAGCCGAUGGAUACACGUACGAAUUACGAGACUUGCGGAGAUGGCUGGAUAGUGGUCACAAUACCUCUCCUGUGAUCGGAAAUCAGCUCCCUCAUCUCACUCUCAACCCUAACUAUGUGCUUCGUUCAGCAAUCUUGGAGUGGCGGCAGCAGCAACAGCAGCAGCAGCAGCAGCGUUAACUGAACGUUGUACAUGGUGUUGAUCCUUGGCACUGUUUUCUUCAUGCUGCUGUUACUUGUUCCAGAGAUAUCCGAUUAGUGUCCUUUUCCCCAUGUUCUAAGCUGCAUGCUUCUACUUUCUUUAGUCUUGGUAUCCUCGUUAGUUGCCUAGCAAAAAGGAAAAAUAUAUCUUAAUUUGCUAAGUCGGUACUUUCAUGUCGUUGCUAGUUUAAAUACUAUGUAUAUACGUGCACAUAAAUAUUAUAUAUAUAUAUAUAUGAAUGGAAUUUUAUGUUAUAUUAUUUA